AUGGUUCGGUUCAAGAACCGGUACCUCCUCGCGGAGCUGCGGUUCCACGACGGCAGGGUCGACGCGGACGCCACGACGGACGCGGUCGUGCUCGGCGCGCUGCGGCAGUCGCACGCGCUCAACUUUGGCGACGUCGCCGCGGGCGUCGCGCGCGGCGCCGUCAGCGUGAAGCGCUGGGAUCCUCGCGUCUCGCUGCUGCUUCUGCGGUGCGCGCGCGACGCGCACCGCGAAGUGUGGGGCGCGCUGACGAUGCUGAGGGACGUGGGCGGGAGAUCGGUCGCGGUGCGCGUCGUGCACGUGGGCGGGACGCUGCGGAGCGCGAGUCGCGCG